AUGUCCAUGUCCAAUGCACUCAGCAGCCAGACAAAGAGCUCCUGGCUGGCCUUGCCAAUUGAUUUCAGGAAUCAGGAGCUGACAACCAAAAUUGUGGAGAGUGCAGUGGAGCAGCAGGCACUGGCAGCUGGGCAGGACCCCGAGGCCCAGCUAGCCUUCACUGGAGCCCUGCUGAGCCGCUGCUUCUCCAACUUCUCAGCCUGGAACCUGCACUCGCCAGGAGCUCCAGCAAGGCCCAUCAGGCUGCUGGCAUUGGCAGACACGUGGCAGCUGCAGCUCCUGCACUUCUGCCUCUUCCUGGGCAUCUCCCUGGCUGCCCUCCUGGCCAACGGCCUCAUCAUCAGCGCCGUAGCCUGCGGCCACCACCUGCACACCCCCAUGUUCUUCUUCCUGCUCAACCUGGCCCUCACUGACCUGGGCUCCAUCUGCACCACUGUCCCCAAAGCCAUGCACAAUUCCCUCUGGCACACCAACAACAUCUCCUACUCUGCAUGUGCUGCUCAGGUGUUCUUCUUUUCAUUCUUCAUGUCAGCAGAGAUUUACCUUCUGACCAUCAUGUGCUACGACCGCUACGUGUCCAUCUGCAAA